AUGGCUUCAGCUCCACCUACCAGCAUGCAGUUCGAGGAGAAUGAGUCUGAUUGGCCGUAUUCUUCUCGUGCAACCAAGAGACGCAAGCGCACCUCCGUCGCGGAUACAUCAGGACCCUCGCCUCGCGAGAUUGGAUUUAUGAGAGAGUCUCAAAAUAAUGGAUCUGCGACCUUCCUCGGGAGUUCAAGUGGAAUCUAUUUUAUCCGUCAUGUUUACAAUGCUUUCGCACGUCGUUCAGCAGACUUGGGCCAAACACGAGCCCGUGACAGAACCUCGGUGCCAGGGGAAGACGACCGGCUACAGCAAAAUUCUGGAAGCAUUCAAAGUUCGGAUGAGCUGUGGGCGAGCGAGGAAUUGAAUUAUGCACCAAAUACCUCAUUUGCUUUCGACGAUCUUGUUCAGUGGACACGCAGCUAUUUCGAGAAUUGGCAUCCAAUCUUCCCAUGCCUCCACGCCCCGGCAGUCUUGAAAACCAUAGAGACAGUCGGUCAAAAGGGAUGGAAUCGAUCAACCGAUUAG